UGCCUGUCGAUUUCUAUCGGGACUAAUCAUGUGGUCAUUAGGGAAAAUGCGUAAACGCAUCGAGCCGGUGGUUUUAUGUGCCCAAAUAGCCAGCGCGUUUUUCGACACCGGUUUGCAGAUGGUGGUCAAGGAGAGAUGCGCCAACAUGACCGAUGCGCUCUAUCCCACCCCCACCGAAGACAGCCGGCAGAAAGCUAUGUCCAACUUCUACAUGAUAUAUAAUAUGCUGGCCAAGUUCGUUCCGAUUCUACCCGCUAUUCUUUUAGCCAAGGUAGGGGACCUGGGGUACCGGAAGAUCCCCAUCGUCAUCCCUCUGGUGGGUUACCUGGUCUCCAGAGUAGUCUUACUCCUGGUCAUAGUGAUGGAGCUCCCGAUACAGGCGAUGUUCGGCGGGGUGGUGUUCCACGGACUCAGCGGCGGGUUCUGCUCCUACUGGGCCGGGGUCAUGGCCCUGGUGUCGCUCACCUCCACCGAGGAGGACCGCUCUCUUCACAUGAUGCACAUCGAGCUGGUCUACGGAGUAGCCGGUCUCAUCGGUAGUCUAGCGUCCGGGCACCUCUUCCAGUUGUACAGUGUGGACUUUAAACAGGGGACUCUGUUAGUGAGCCUGAGUGUCUUCCUCUACUUUUUGUGUCUCAUCUACACAACGUUCUUCUUUCUAAAACCAAGUGUCUCGACAAGCGCGCAAGAGCGCAACGAGACCAACGGCUUGGUCACUGAGCGAUAUCCCAGGAAUAUUUUGAACAUUCUGCUUCUCUUCGCUAGCGGUAUUUUAUAUGACGUGGCCGUCGGAGGUGGGAUGGAGAUACUGGUGACCUUUGAGAUGAAGGAGCCUCUGAACUGGAGUGCUACACAGGUAGGUUACGGUAACGCCGCAGGGUUCACAGUCUUCCUGACGAGCUUCCUGGGUGUCAUGAUAAUGUCCAGGUGGGUGAGUGACGUCACCCUCAUCAUCAUCGGCAUGGUGUCCUUCGCCGCCGGAAUCUACUUCAUGGCCUUCGUCACGGCAACGUACAUGUUCUACCUGGCUCGAGCCCUGACCCUGUUCGCGCUGAUUCCCAUGCCAACCAUCCGGGCUCUACUGUCUAAACAGGUGAACGGCUCAUCGUACGGGAUCACCCUCAUCUCACUGCAGCUGUCCUUUAAGAUCGCCAGCCUGGCCUACACUCCUAUCUACACCAAGGUUUACCAGGCUACGUUGGACUGGUUCCCUGGGUUCGUCUUCACCCUGUCCAGCAUUAUCACCGUCCUCGCCACUAUACCUGUCAGCAUGGUGGGCUGCAGAGCUGCUCGGGGGGACGGUUACGAGAGGAUCCUGGGGGACUGA